CAGCUGGCUGGAUCUGGGCUCUGGGAAUGAAGUUUGCCAUCGAAGAAAUCAACAACUCCACAACGCUGCUGCCGGGGAUCGUGCUGGGCUAUGACAUUUACGACAACUGCAUGGCACCCAGGCUGACACUUCAACCCAGCCUGCUGUUUCUCGCCAAAGCUGGCACUAGCAGCCUCGGGGUCCUGUGUGACUACGCAGGCUACCAAACGCGUGUGAUGGCUGUCGUAGGGCCUCACAGCUCAGAGCUCUGCACGGUGACGGCCAGGCUGUUUAGCCUCUUUCUGAUGCCACAGGUCAGCUAUGGUGCCACCACCGAAAAGCUGAACAAUGAGGGGCUCUACCCCUCUUUCUUCCGGUCAGUGCCCAGUGACAAAAGUCAGCUGGAAGCUAUGAUGCAGCUCCUGGUGGUCUUCCAGUGGAACUGGAUCUCUGUGGUGGCCAGCGAUGAUGGAUAUGGCCGCGAAGGCCUCAGCCUCUUAUCCUCCAUGGUGGCCAACAAAAGCAUCUGUGUCGCCUACGAGGGGCUGAUCCCCUCAGAAAUCUUGGAGCCCGGUUAUCCAGAGCGGCUGAAGCAGAUGAUCCAGGCAAUCAAUGAAACCAACGUCAACGUUGUCAUCUUGUUUUCCAGUGACCAGGCGGCUCGAGCCCUCUUUCAAAUGUGGGUCAGGUUAGGCUUGGGCAAGAAGGUGUGGAUAGGCACCCAAACCUGGGUAGUGUCUGAUGCUGUCACCACCCUGCACCACAUCCGCUCCAUCGGGACAGUCAUUGGCUUUGUCAUCAAGGGGGGAGAGGUCCCUGGCUUCCAAGAGUACGUCCACAACCUCUUAGACCUGACCCAGGGGGACAGCUUCUGCCAGGCAUCUCAGGCACAAGCGGAAGCGAUGAGUGCCGACAUUCAGGGGCCACCGUGUGAGCAGUGCAACCAUGUUUUGUAUCAAAAUAUCACAGCAGUGUUGGAUCACCACCAGACGUUUGCUGUGUAUGUCGCUGUGCACAGCGUAGCACAUGCGCUCCACGAACUGCUGCGUUGCCAGAGCGGGCACUGUAGGAAGAGUAACCUCAAGCCUGGUGAGCUGAUUAACGAGCUGAGGAAGGUGAAUUUCAGCAUUGGCAACCAGGCGUUCCAUUUCAACCAGGACCGCAGCAUCGACUUGGGCUAUAAAGUCAUUUGGUGGCACUGGCGAGACAGCAGGAUUGAGCCCAUCAUCUUGGGACAUUUCAACCAAACGUUGCACAUCAACAAAUCCCUGGUUCAGUUUCACACCCCAGAUCAAACGGUGCCUCCAUCCGAGUGCCUUACUACGUGUCCACCUGGGCAGAUCCGUCAGAUAAAGGGGUUCCACCUCUGCUGUUACGACUGCAUUGACUGUGAGAAAGGCACGUUCUCCAGUUCCACAGAUGACUCCACUUGCAGUCCCUGCCCUGAGCACCAGUGGUCUCCCCCACGCAGCACCCGGUGCUACAGCCGCAGCGAGAAGUACCUCUCCUGGUCCGAACCCUUGGUUGUCGCCUUGCUGAGUCUGCUGAUCCUCACCUUUGCUCUCACCUGUCUGGCGGGGGGGCUCUUCCUGAGAUACCUCCAGACCCCUGCAGCACAGGCCACAGGGGGAACCACGUGUCUUCUGGCCCUCUUCAGUCUCGCCUUGAUGGGACUCAGCUCCACCCUCUAUGUUGGGAAGCCCAGUACGACCACUUGCCUCCUGCAGCAACCCAUUUGUGCUCUCUGCCUCAACGCUUGCUUCUCCACCAUCGCUGUCAAAGCCUUCCAGAUCAUGCUGGCCAAUGACUUUGGAGACAGCCGCCCAAACGCCCUGCACUUUCUUGCACGGAGGCGGCCGUGGGCCGUGGUGGCCUGGUGCUUCCUGGUUGAAAUCUUGCUCUGCACCGGGUACCUCUAUGCUUCGCCGUCUCUCCUGGUCAAAAACUACAAACUCUUCUCCUCCCAAGUCCUCCUCCAGUGCAAAAUCCAGUCCUGGGCUGCUUUUGCCAUAAUCCACGGCCACAACAGCUUCCUGGCAUUUAUCUCUUUCCUCUGCACCUUUAUGGUGCCAGUUUCCCCGAAGCAUUACAACCUUGCGAGAGGCAUCACCUUUGCCGCCGUCACCUACUUCAUUACCCUGGUGGUCUUCAUACCCACCUACGCUUCCGUGAAGGAAGACACCCAGCCAGCUGUGCAGAUGGGCGCCAUGCUGCUCUGCAUAGUAGGCUUGCUGGCCACUUACUACCUCCCCAAAUGUUAUAUUUUCUAUUUGAAGCCAGAGCAGAACAGGCUAGACUAUUUUCAAGAUUACACCAAAGAGAGGCAGCAAGAGCAGAAAUCCCAAGAUUAGCUGCUGGGAUGUUC